GGACACCCGGCUCGGCGUCGAGCGGCAUCGCUCGCCGUCGGCACACGCCGCUGCUCCAUGUAUUGCGACGCGGCUGCGGUCCUCAUGCCAACCAAAAGUCCGAUCCAUUUGCCCCAAAAAUAGGAAUAUUGGUGGCUGUCCGCCAAUAGCCCAGUACCAGAGCCGCCUCGGGCGCUCGAGUCAUUCUGAACGUCCAGCCCCCGCUUUGACGCAGCGGCUCGUCUCGCCAUGGCUCCCAAGAUCAUUCUCUCGACCCAGACGCCGCCGCAGAAGAGCAAGCUGGCCCGCAUCGCCCUCUCGUCGCCCGAGGUGCAGUCGCUCCUGCCAAUGUGGUUCAAGCAUCUGCUGACCCUUCCGGUCCCGCAGGAGGUCCUGGUGCACGACUUUAACAGCAUCCAGCAUGCCGAGGAUCUCAACGCACAGAACCCGGCGUUUUCCACCUCGGUGGCAUUGCUGCCGCAACAUGCGUACCGCAGCCGCUACUGCAACAUCCUGCCGUACGAUUACAAUCGCGUCCGCCUGGCAACGCCGUCGCUCCUGAGGGACUACCGCCCCGAGGCCGUCGGUGGCGAAUACUCGGACUUUAUCAAUGCAUCGUUUCUGCAAGGUCCCGGAGGAUGCACGAGGUACAUUGCUACCCAAGGACCCAUGCCCGAGACCCUGUCGGACUUUUGGCAGAUGAUCUGGGAGCAAAACUCACGACUCGUUGUCAUGCUCACGCAAGAAUACGAGUCCGGCCGGAUCAAGUGCCACCGCUACUGGCCGAGCACCGUCGGCGAGUCUGUCGUGGUCCCGACGGACAAUGGCUUGCGUAUCGAACUCGGCCUGGCCUCGGAGACGCACUCGAUGCCCUUCAUUCUGCGGGAGAUUCGGCUGGCUCUCGGCGGACAAGAACCCAGGACCAUCACCCACCUGCAGUUUACCGAGUGGCCCGACCACGGCACAUGCAACUCUGGCGACCUCCUGACCCUCAUUGACGAGGCCAACCGCAUCCAGGACAGCCUGGAGCUCGAAACACCAGGCCCGAUGGUGGUCCACUGCAGCGCCGGCUGUGGGCGGACGGGCACCUUCUGCGUCGUCGAUACCAUCCUGUCGCUCCUGGACCAGGUGCGCGAGGGCUUUGACUUGCACCAAGACUGGGUCCAGCAGAUCGUGAGCCUGUUUCGGACCCAGCGCACCACCAUGGUGCAGUCGCUCGCGCAGUACAUGCUCUGCUACGAAGCUGUGCUGCAGAGAAUCAUCGAGGCCCAGGAGGUGCGCGGCGAGGAAAGCAUCCAAUACCACCGCACGCCGUCCAAGGCCAGGAGGGGCUGAUUCAAGUUCGCUGGUCCAAGCUGCGCCGAUCCAGUCCAAUCCGAUCCGAUCCAAUCCAAUCCGAUCCAAUCCGGUCCAAUCCGAUCCA